UGGCUCGGCUCACUAAAAAGUGCCGGCUCCCAAAGGGCUCCUCAGAUUUUUUUUUUUUUUUUUUUUUUUUUUAGUUGACCAAUCACAACAAAACAGCUCCGGCUUCCAGGCAGGAGUCGGCUCCCAUCGUUCACUUCAAAGAGCCAUUUCGUUCGCUACCGACACAUCACGCGUUUUUUUUUGGGGGGGCGGUGUUAUAGGGUUUAAUUAGAGAGUGCGAGAAAAAACAGUGCGGGGGUGGUGGAAAUCAUGUUUAACUGACUGCAACAUGCUGUAUUUUUCUUUAGGUUUGUCUUUUCAUGUUAGGCCUCUUUAUAUAAACCACAUAAAUUACUGGACUGCUAACUUCCUGCAGAUUGCAGAUUAAGAUUUUACAUACAGCACCGCCCAGCUCAUGAAAUAUGACGCACUGGAGACCUCACACAUGAAUGCAUCUGUAAUAAUGAUCCAUGCACAAUUUGAUUCUGAAUAACAUUUUGCUCACAAUAGGUCUGUAAUUUUUCUUGAUUGAACGACUUUCACUGUUAAGCUAUUUUGAUGAGGCGUUUUUACAUUGUGAUGUUGUAACCUCUGCUGAAACAUCUGAAUCCUUUUUCCACCAACUUUUGCACGCACACGCCGGAGCCUCCGUGAGAACAACGGAGUCUACCAGAGAAAGUCAGAGCGUGAGUGGCAUCCUUCAGGACACUCCCCCUUUUUUUAGAACAAGUCUUUUCUUCAAACUUCGCUUGGUCAGUCAAAGGAUCAUAUUGUCGGCGCCCAUCGCAAACUCCUGGUGUUCAUUGGAUUCAACAGACUGAGAGACCAUGACGGAGGAAACAGCCAAAAGAGUCCCUGUUAGAGAUAACGAGGUUCCUGCAGAAGGGAUUCAGCCGAGGGGGAAAUGGGCCAACAACAUGGAGUUCAUGUUCUCCAUGGCUGGGGAAAUCAUUGGCCUUGGAAACGUUUGGCGUUUCCCCUAUCUGUGCUACAAGAAUGGAGGAGGUGUUUUCUUCAUCCCUUACUUUGUGUUCCUCUUCUUCUGUGGCAUCCCUGUGUUUUUCCUGGAGACAGCAUUGGGCCAGUACACCAGUGAGGGCGGGGUCACCGCCUGGAGGAAGAUAUGCCCCAUGUUUGAGGGGGUGGGGAUUGCGUGCCAAGUGAUUGUGAUGUAUCUGAACAUCUACUACAUUGUGGUGUUGGCCUGGGCUAUCUUCUACCUGAUUAACUCCUUCAAAAGUCCUCUUCCCUGGUCUACAUGUGACAAUGCCUGGAACACGGAAUUAUGUCACGAUCACAUCAGCACGUUUGCCAACCCCCAUUUGUUUCACCCUGAAUCCAACUGGUCAUUCCUAAACAACUUCACCUCACUAGACUACAGUGACAACUUCACUUACUUCAAUGAAACAGAGUCAUUUAAGAUGGUGGGAUUGGCACCGGAAAACGAAUACUGGACUAACCGCGUGUUAAGAAUAUCAGAUAGUAUGUCCCUGGGUAAGGUACACUGGGACUUGGCCCUGUGUCUCCUCCUUGCCUGGGUCAUAUGCUAUUUCUGCAUCUGGAAGGGAAUUAAAUCCACAGGAAAGGUGGUGUACUUCACAGCUACAUUCCCUUACCUGAUGCUGUUCAUCCUCUUCUUCCGUGGAGUGACACUCCCAGGCGCUGCAGAGGGCCUGAAAUAUUACCUCACCCCAGACCUCAGCAAGCUUGCUGACCCAGAUGUAUGGCGUGAUGCAGGGACUCAGGUGUUCUUCUCCUAUGCUGUGUGUCAGGGAGUACUGACUGCUCUGGGAAGCUACAACAAAUACAACAACAACUGCUACAGGGAUUGCUUGGCACUAUGUGGUCUGAACAGUGCCACCAGUAUCUUUGCUGGUUUCACUGUGUUCUCAGUGUUGGGAUUCAUGGCACAUGAACUGGACACAACCCUUGAGAACGUUGUUGCUAGUGGUCCUGGUCUGGCCUUCAUAGCCUAUCCUAAGGCUCUGUCAAUGCUGCCUGGCUCAUCUUUUUGGUCUGUGCUCUUCUUCCUCAUGAUCCUCUUCUUAGGCCUUGACAGUCAGUUUGUGUGCGUGGAGAGCCUGGCCACAGCCAUCACAGACCUGUUCCCACGUCACCUGAGGAGGCCCAGAGCAAGAGAGAUACUGGUCCUGGUCAUUGCUGUUAUUUGCUUUCUGCUGGGGCUGCCACUAGUCACUGAGAGAGGCAUAGUCCUCUUCCAGCUGAUUGACACCUACGGUCCCAGUGGAACCAGCCUCCUCAUCAUUGCCUGUUUUGAGACUGUUGUCAUUGCGUGGGUGUAUGGUGCAGACCGUUUCUAUGACAACAUCGAGGACAUGAUCGGGUACCCGCCAUUCCCCGUGCUGAAGUACUGCUGGUUGUUCGUCACGCCGCUCAUCUGCGGGCUCACAGUGCUGUACAACGUGGCACAAAUACAGCCUUUAAGGGAGUAUGGUUUUAAACUCAGCACCUUGGAAUCCAUAUUUAGCACUCUACUUGUUGUCACUCCGCUGUUAUGCAUCCCCAUAUUCAUUCUGGUCACACUGUGCAGGAAUCCUGAAAACAUGACUGUGCCGUCCAGCGACCUGCGUCAGGCUCAGCCACACAAGCCAGUGCUCACACUGUGUGAACAUGUCAUCUUCAAGGCUCAGGGGUCACAGGUCAGGAGUGGGGACGAAAGACACGACAAGAUGAUGAUGACGGAACCCAUGGGGGUUUGAUGGUAUAUUGCAUAGGUCAUCAAUGAAGUUUACAAUUCUGUGACUUCAAAAUCGCACAUAUUCAGGAAGAUUUUUAAUUUUUUUUUUUUUUGUUCUCGUAUACUAGUCUGUACCUUUCUAAUUUUUAUAAUGAAA